AUGACACACCAGGCAAUAACUGAAAGUACAUUUUUUGUGUCUGACAUAUAUAUAUAAAUGGGUGUAUGCAUGAAAGUCAUUUGUGUAUACAACCGGAGCACAUCCAAAUAAAACACUUAGGUGAGACAACAACACAACAUAAUGGCAAGUGCAACAUUGAAAAUGGCCUUCGGUCUAUUUAUGACCUGGAUCUUGAUAACAGAAUUGUCUGCACAGUCUGAAAUCUGCACGUUGAAGGAAGAAAAUGCACAAUGUGUCCAGAAGUCAGAAUGCUGCAGCAGAUGCUGCCGUGCAGGACUGUGUGCUAAUGCAGGUGAGUGCUUUGCUUCCUGUGAUCCAAACAUACUUGCAACUGCUGAAGGACCCGAUCUUUGCAAACUAACGAAGUCCAUUGACGAGUUCGUCGGCUUGUUCGAGAUCACAAUUGAUGAAGAUCUGGCUGCUGCGAUUCCUCUUUUGUCUGAAACCAUCGGACUUGCAAAAGCUUUUCUGAAUGAUCCUCUCACAGGCUUCCUUAAUAUCAGUAACGUAAUAAAACAUUAUCAGUCAGUAUCAUCAGCCUUUGACACGUCAGGGGCUAACAUUCAACGUAUAAUUGAUACUUUCGGCACUAUAAUAAAUGAAAUUAGUAAUAUUAUCAGGAAAAUAAUACCUGAUCUCCAGUGAUACAAAGCCUGUUAAUUUCAUUUAAACAAAAAGUUUCACUUUUGGGGGGAAUUUAACUGGUGCUUAAAAUUGAAAUGUGUCAACAGUGUCGUGUAGCUCCACAGAACCUCACAAAUACUUCUGUUCAAAUGUAAUACAAAUUUGUUACAUCACAUGCCUUGCAAUAUUUAUAGAAUUUGCUUGUGACUAAUCAGUGGAUAAAAUUUAGUUUUGUCAUCAAAAUUAGAAUGUUAAUAACAUUUUACUUCGGUAUAUUUAAGAAAGUGGCUAUUCUAUUUGCUUGAACCAAACGCAGGGCCGAAACGCCCAUCCUUCGAAUACAUGCCUAUUAUUCAAUAUGCUGCUUGCAAACGGGAGAAAUGCAUUAUUAACAACGACCAUAGUGCCCAUCUCAGAUGCAAUCUCUUCAACAAUCUGAUACUAUUCAGCGGAUUCACGUUUUAAAGCAGGCGGCCUGUUACAUAUUUAUUACAUGCGUACUUUGUAAAUAAAAAUUUAGGAUCGAUUUAAUAAUUUAUGAAAAUAUGACGUUCAACUGGAAUACUAAAUAAAUGCCAUUUAAUUAAUUCUUGGAACAAAUCUUUCCGUUUAUUAAGAUUUAGGAAAUGUUAUAAUUACUAACAAGUUGAUAAACUCAUAAAAUGUAUAAUUCGAAUAAUUAAGGAAGUAAACUGAUUGUAUUUAAAUAUAUUAUGGAACCCAUUAACACAGUAUUGUGAAAUUAUCAAUGUAAAGCUAUGAACAAUAAAUGUUUAUUAAAUAUGAAAAAGUUAAGA